CAAAAGCAUCAACCAACUUAAAAUCUCAGAGGAUGCAACUGUUCUUAGCUGGUACCAUGGAGUUGGAGAAAUUGAGAAAUGAAGAGACCAAUAUAGUUCAAGAGAAUGCAAGAAGAUGUCUCACCUCUCACCUACUGUAUUUCUGCAUCUUGAAGCAAAGAUUUUAGAGAGGAAUGAUGCAAAAGGUCUGGACAUGACUUUUCAACUGUCAGUGUUCUCACAAGGCAGAUGUGCAGAACCCAGGACCUGAUUUCAACUGCUUCAAAAUCAAGUUUUCUUCUCAUGGAACUACAAGAUAUGAAAAAGAAAGAAAUGAUUGAGCUGUCUCAUAACGAACGCCUCUAUAUUAACGCACGUGCCUGCCGUCUAAGCAUAUUCCUAUUCUUUCCCUUCAAAUUCUUCACCCGCUUCCGUUCUCUUCCAAAAUCCUCUCUCUUUCUUUUAACAUUCAAACAGCUUCAUCAACAUCAACAAUGGCGGAUACCAACUCCACUCCCAUUCUCAAAGAUGACCUCGAUAUCGUCAUCCCCACCAUCCGUAACCUCGACUUCCUUGAAAUGUGGAGGCCAUUUUUUCAGCCAUAUCAUUUGAUCAUUGUCCAAGACGGCGAUCCUUCCAAAACUAUCAGAGUUCCUGAUGGCUUUGAUUAUGAACUUUAUAAUCGUAACGAUAUCAAUCGGAUUCUGGGUUCUAAGGCCUCUUGCAUUUCCUUUAAGGACUCUGCUUGUAGGUGCUUUGGGUACUUGAUCUCCAAGAAGAAGUAUAUCUUCACAAUUGAUGAUGACUGCUUUGUUGCUAAAGAUCCAUCUGGUAAAGAGAUUAAUGCACUUGAACAGCACAUUAAGAACAUCUUGACGCCAUCAACCCCAUUUUUCUUCAACACCCUUUAUGAUCCAUAUAGAGAAGGUGCUGAUUUUGUCCGUGGAUAUCCAUUUUCUCUCCGGGAAGGUGUUCCCACUGCAGUAUCUCAUGGGCUUUGGUUAAACAUUCCAGAUUAUGAUGCACCCACCCAACUCGUCAAACCAAUGGAGAGAAACACAAGGUACGUUGACGCAGUUCUGACGGUACCAAAGGCCACCCUCUUUCCAAUGUGUGGAAUGAAUCUUGCAUUCAACCGUGAUUUGAUCGGUCCUGCCAUGUACUUUGGACUCAUGGGAGAUGGCCAACCCAUUGGUCGCUAUGAUGAUAUGUGGGCUGGUUGGUGUAUGAAGGUCAUUUGUGACCACUUGGGAUUUGGAGUGAAGACAGGGUUGCCAUAUAUCUGGCACAGCAAGGCAAGCAACCCAUUUACAAACCUCAGAAAGGAAUACAAAGGAAUCUUUUGGCAAGAACAAAUCGUACCAUUUUUUCAAACUGUUACGCUACCAAAGGAUUGCAACACUGUGCAGAAGUGCUAUAUUGAACUCUCCAAGCUGGUGAGGGAAAAACUCAGUUCGGUUGAUGAGUAUUUCAUUAAACUUGCAGAUGCCAUGCUCACUUGGAUUGAAGCUUGGGACGAGCUAAAUCCAUCCGAGGAAGCAACUGAACUACCCAAAUUUGUUUCAAAAUAAUUUUUACUCGUUGUUUUUCAUUCAUUCGAUCAAGCUUUUGCUUCCAAGUUCAAAAUAUUUGGGUAUCAUUUCUUGUAGUUAAGCACUCAUUCUUCUUAUUUGAAAAUGAUUUGGUACUUUUAGUAUUCUUUCGUAUCCAUCGUCAUAUGGGAGCAAAAGACAUUUUAUUAAAACUUUGGUUUAAAAGAAAACAUAUUUAAGCACAA